UGUGUACUGUUGUGUAGUGUGUAGUUGUGUACAUUGUUGUGUAGUUGUGUAGUGUUGUGUAUUGUUGUGUAGUUGUGUACUUUCAGCAGGUUUCGGUCUGAUCUGAACCUUCAGUCAUUUCCUGUCGCUGCCGUUGCUCCUCUUCUUCCUCUUCUUCUUCCUCCUCCUCCGAAUCCGGAUCGAUUCUGACCUGGAUCGGCUCCGGGUCGACCCAGACCGGUGGACCGAAGGACAGACCGGCAGACGGUUUCGGUCGGACUGAAGUGACUCAUGGCUGCAGCAGAUCCAAGGCCAACAGGACCUGAUGAGUCCAGAUUCAGAUCUGAGGAGUCCAGGAUUGGGUCUGAGGAGCCCAGGAUCAGGUCUGACGGGUCCAGGUUUGGGUCUGAGGAGUCCAGGAUCAGGUCUGACGGGUCCAGGAUCAGGUCUGAGGAGUCCAGGAUCAGGUCUGAUGGCUCCAGGUUCGGGUCUGAAGGGUCCAGGUUCAGGUCUGUGGGCCUUGUGCGCUCCUGGGAGUCAGAGCUGGCGACCAUCCAACACUCUCUGAAGUUCGUGCUGAAGCUGAAGGAGGAGUUUGUGUGUCCGAUCUGCAGAGGAGUCGUACUUAACCCACAGCAGAACUCCUGUGGUCACAUUUACUGCUUCCAUUGUGUCCAGGACUUGCUGCUGAGCUCGUCUCCUUCCAGUCCAGUUUGUCCAGUAGAUGGCGCCGUCAUCACACCUGCUGAGGUUUUCCAGGAUAACUGCUGCAAAAGAGAAAUCUCCAGUUUGGAGGUUUAUUGUACCAACGCUCCGUCCUGCAGCUCCAUCAUGACUUUACACAACCUGCAGGAGCACCUGAGGUCGUGUCCAUACGAGCAGGUGCCCUGCACCAACCCAGGCUGCAGGGCGGCGCUACAGAGGAGAUACCUGCACCAUCACAUGACCAUCUGUCCACAGCGUAUGGAGGCGUGUCCACACUGUCAGCAGCCGCAGCCGCUGAGCCUCAUGGAGGAUCACAUCCAGAGGUCCUGUUCACAGGUGAAGGUGGACUGUCCCAACAGCUGCUCCAUGAAGAUCCUCAGACACAUGGUGACAGAACAUAGCGACUCAUGCCCAGAGGUUCACAUCGAAUGUUCCUACAGGAGGUUCGGCUGCUUUGUCCAGGGGAAACAAGGCAGAGUGAAGCUCCGGGAAGAGGCUGCUGUCAAUCAUCCCAUGCUGUUGGUUCUGAGGAGUAACGUCGACCUAGAACAUCAGGUGGAGCUUCUCCAGCAGGAGGCACUGUUGAAGCAGCAGGAGGUUCAUGCAGACAGUGUUCUGCUCACUGGUCUGCAGAACCAGACCCGACCUCUGCUGCAGAAAAGCAACAGCCACGAACACAAUGUGACGACCGUCCAGAGGGCUCUGAGCAGGCAGGAGGAUGUUCUGUCCACCAUCCAACUGGAUGUCCAGCAGGUGUCCCGGACACUCGGUCCUGGUCUGGAAGAGUUGGAGCAACUCAGGAGUUCUCUGGAUGCUGUGAUCCAGGAGGUUUCUGCAGCCGAGGCCCUCAGAGAACAACUGGGAUACAUGGAGGAGAACCUGAAGCGUCACUCUGGCCUCCUGGAGCUUCAUGUUGCUCAGCUCGGCCACAACAAGCAACGCCUGCAGGAACUUGGAGCCACGUCCUACAACGGCAAACUCAUCUGGAAGAUCCAGGACUUCAGGAAAAAGAGCGACGCAGAGGUCAAAGGUCAGAGCCCAUGCAUCACCAGUAUGCCGUUCUACACUGGACGUUGUGGCUACAAAAUGGCGGUGAAAGCAUACCUGAACGGAGACGUGGACGGCCGAGGGACUCACCUGUCCCUGUACGUCGUCCUGAUGCUGGGAGACUUUGACGCUCUGCUACCGUGGCCUUUCAGACAGUAUGUGUCUCUGUCUGUUAUGGAUCAGAGUGGAUCAGGGAACCACCGGACCCUCAGCUUCAGACCCGACCCCGCCUCCAAAAGCUUCCAUCGACCCCCGUCGGAGUCCAUCAGCAACGUCGCUGUGGGAUUCUCCUGCUUCAUCCUCCUGAGUGAACUGGAAUCGCCUCCAAACGCUGUGUACCUUAAAGACGACACAUUGUUUGUCAAAGUGAAGGUGGACAUGGCCGGCUUAGACCUGUGACAGCUUUAGGGUUCACUUAGUGACAUCUGCUGGUAGCAUAAAGAAUUACAUAGAUCAUUACUGAUUAAUUUUAACCAAUAAAAACCCAGUGUUAUAGAAUAAAAUCAACUUCAGUCCAUGAUCAUCUUGUCAUGUGACGAAACUGAGCUGGGUGGAUUUUAUGGAUGUUGUGAUAAAAUCAAAUUACGAUUCUUUUCUGUCAGAUUAAAAUUAAUUAAAUUUAAUUAAUAAUUAAUUAAUAAUAAUAAUUAAUUAAAAUUAAUAUUACAAUAUUUUAUUGUUGCUGCUCAAUGUUUCUGUGAAAAACAUGACUCAGGAUUUUAACUGUGUAGCACAAAUAAAGUCUGAUUAUUUUUUUUAUAAAAAACUCUUGAUAAAACUUGUAUUUACUUUGUCAUGACAGACUUUUACAAAUGGAAACAUAAAAUAUGUUCAUAUUAUAGGAUGGGUUGGUCUGAUUAAGAUGUUGAAUAGAUGAAUCUGAAUCAAAGAACAAACCCUUUCCACUGUGUUGUGGGAAGAUGCUUGCUGAGGCAAGUUUAGAUUGUGGUGAUGUUUUACACAGACAUACUUCUGAUGAACUGGACGUGCUAAUCACUCAGCUCUAAAACUUAUUACUGGUGACAAUCACUCAUCAUUGUGA